UGAGAGCGUCAAAGCCAGACGGACGCUUUUCAGUGACGCUCCGCGGCUGUGACUGGUACCAGAACACAGAUUGUAGUUGGUGCCUCCAUCCACGAUGAUGUUACACGGUUUCAAGAGCAGUAAGCAGGACUUCGGUUUUGGGCCAUGGAAGGUGACAGCUGCGAAAGACCACAUCAUGAAGUCCAAAGACAUUGAACGGUUAGCGGAGGAGAUGAACAUGCCCUCCCUGCCAGAGAUGUUGUUUGGUGACAACGUUCUGCGUAUCCAACAUGCAGAUGGUUAUGGCAUCGAGUUCAACGCCAUUGAUGCCCUGAGGAGGGUCAACAACAUGGAGGACUCCGUGAAGGUGGCCUGUGCGCAGGAAUGGCUGGAGAGCAGAGCGGACUCUGAACACUCCAAAGAGGUGGUGAAGCCUUACGACUGGACGUACACCACAGACUACAGAGGCACGCUGUUGGGAGAAGCUCUGCAGAUAAAGGUGACUAAAACAGCGGAGCGCAUCGACAUGGAGAAGCUGAAAGCCCGGGAACAGAUCAUGUUCUUUGAGGAGGUGUUGUUGUUUGAAGACGAGCUGCAUGACCACGGAGUCUCCAUGAUCAGUGUCAAGAUUAGGGUGAUGCCCACCAGCUUUUUCUUGCUGAUGCGUUUCUUCAUGCGCGUGGACGGAGUGAUGAUCAGAAUAAAUGACACACGGCUCUAUCACGAGGCUGGAAAAGAUUACAUGCUGCGAGAGUUCAGCACAAGGGAAAGCAAAGUAGCAGACCUGAAGAAGGUUCCAGCAGCUCUGUUCACGGAUCCCAACGAGAUCGCCCAGCACCUGACACUGAAGCUGACUGACUGUGAGAAGCUGGAACUACCUGCGAUGCAGCCUCAGACAUGAAACUGGCAGGAAGGCAGCAGUUCUCACGCCAAGGCGUGGAACGGUGAAAAACAGGACUCUGACAUCACCAACAAGAACUCAAACCACCCUCACCACCUGCAGAGCUCCAUGGGAACAGUUUAUCCUGUUCCUGACUGGAGGGCUUCUUCGGACCCUCAGCAGCAUGACUUCAGAACCGUCUCUGUAACUUUAGAUUGGAUGUAAAAAGCUCACCUUUAGUUUUUUCUUUUUUUUUUUUUUUUAAGUCAGACUCGACACCAGUGUGUUUUUAAGGCGACCUGUCAGUGACCUGUGGAAGCUGACAGGUUUUUGUUUGGAGGUCAACCAUCUCAAGAUUCUAUGUAAAAACCCAUCUGGCCCAAUACAAGAGGUUUGUUUUGUGUGACGUGGUUUCUUUCGUUUAUAUGAGGCACGUUCAUGUUUCGCUUCAGUUUUUCCAAAAUGCUGACAGACUUCUAAAAUUUCAAGAGAAUAAUUCCCCCACUAGAUUUAUUUACAUGUAUAUUAAUUACAAGAAUAUGAAAAUAUACAUUAAAUAUUUUUGAUCAUGUAUAAAAUAAAAUUUUAGAUUUGAUUUUUGUUUUUCAAUACCCUUCCAUUAAACGGAAAACACCCACAAUGGUUGCUGAAAUAACUUCAAAUUUAAUGAAAAUUGACAAAUGAAUGUCAGAUGGAUUUUGAAUUUUGCUUAAACUGAAUCACAAUUAUUAUUUUUUUUUAUUAAUAAAACUGUCCUGGACAAAAAUGAUGGGUUUUCAACUUAAUAUUUAGUUUCACAAUGUAGUUAGUCGGAUGUUAGUCAGAUGUUUCCACAGAUGUUCAACAGGAUUUGCAUCAGGACUCAUAGAAGGGCACUUCCGAAGAGUCCAGUGUUUGGUUCUUAGACAUUCUUGGUUGGUUUUGCAUGUGAGUUUUUGGGUCAUUAUCCUGUUGGAGGACCCAUGACUUACUGAGACCAAGCUUUCUGACAUUGGGCAGCACAUUUGUCUCCAAAGGACAUUCUCCCAGAAGCUUUUUGGUUUGUCAAUAUGCAUGUAGAUAAAUUCUAGUCUGUUUGUAAUGAUGUUCUUUCAUCAUUGGAGUCUCCUCGGUCAUCCACGUUUGUUCUAACAGUGAUAGAUGAUCUGAUCUGACACUGAUGAACCGCGACCUUGGAAUUCACUUUGAAUCUCUUGAAAGUUGUUCUGAGCUCUUUUGUUUCCAUUCUGCUCUUCAGUUUGUCAUCAGUUGUCCUCUUGUGUCCAUGUCCAGGGAGGUUGUCUACAGUCCCGUGGAGCCUAAACUUCUGAAUGAAAUGUCCAACUGUAGGAGGAGCAACCAGCUGCUUGGAGAUGGUCUUCUAGCCUUUACCUUUAACACACUGGUCUAGAUGUUCUUUCUGAUUUCCUCAGACAACUGUUUCCUUUACUGUCUCUGGUCCAUGUUCAGAGAGGUGAACACAAUGAUACCCAACAGCAGUGGGACCACUUUUAACCCUUUACAUCAGAAGUGUCCAAAGUUGGUCCUCGAGGGCUGGUAUCCUGCAGGUUUUAGAUGUUUCCUUUCUUCAACACACCCUGAAAUAAAUGGCCGUCAUUAACAGACUUGUACAUACAUGGUGACACACUGAUGAGGACCAUGAAUAGGAAUCAGGUGUGUUGAUGCAGGUACAUCUAAUACAGGCCCUUAAGGACCGACUUUGGACACCUGAUUUAAACAUUCCGACUGACUUGAAAACGUCUGAAAUGUUCACUGUGGUCACAGUAUUUUACAUCUUUUCAAGGAAUAACAGCUACACUGUCCAGGUCAGUUUGAUUCAUUUGUUCAAAUGAUUCAGUUGAACAGCAAUUUUAAACCAGUGUCUGAUUUUUUUCUUUAAAUGUAUUUUUAAUUAAUCAAUGUUCAGUAAAUUGUCUAUCAUUACUUUUUUCAGUUUCCAGUUAUUUAAGUGACCAUUGUGGGUUUUUCUUUCUUUAAUGGAAGGAUACCAACAAAUUUCUCCAUUUGGGUACAUUUAAGAAUAACUUAAUAUUUAAAUUACUUUUAAGAAUAACAUUUUAGAAAAUCUGAUAGUUCUGAUGGUUAUCGUUUUUUAAUUAUUUUAGAUUUUCUUUGAAUGUAUUUAUAGAAGGAUGUGAUUUAUUUAUUUCAGUAAAAGAAUCAUUGUGUGUACUAUGAUAAGAGUUUAAAAGCAGACAAAAAAAUUAAAGAGACACACAACAUAUAAAAAGAAUAAAAUGGAUGAAAUAAAAUAAAUAAAUGCAAUACAGUGCAUUGAGGGUCUAAAACAAAGAAUUGUAGGAACAUGAAGGUGGCUCUUUUUGAACCUGCUAGAACUACUGAUGCUGAACUGAUGCUGAACUCAUCAGCAGCUCCAGAACCGUUUGUGUUCAGUUUCAGAUGAAACUGUAAAAUGCUGUGUAGGGUCCUUUCCUUUACAUUUUUAAAAUGUUCAUUAAUGUACAUUGUCCCCCUAUAACAAAUAA